AGCAGUAGAUAAACAGAUUAUUCCCGAAACGGUGCCUACUUUUUUAACCUCGUCACUCUUGCCACACUUCACCGCUCGCUCCUCGGCCACGGUUCUCUGGGAGGAGGCUGCGGCGUCGGACGCUCGUGCUCUUUCAUCAGGAGCGUUUCAGCAGCAGCUCGGGGCCUUGAAGGAUCCAUCGUCCCCCAUGACUCCCUGCAACCGAACCCACUGCACCCAUGAAGUCCACCUGAGCUAGAGGACGCCCAGCUGCAUCCCCCCCCCUGCUGGAUUUACUUUGACGGUCAUAUUUUGGGAACCCUUCCCCCACAAUGCUCUGGGACUUCAGACUCGUGCUGCUGUUCGUCCUCGCUCCGCCGGCUGCUGGAAUUAAAGAGAGCGGCGUCCGGCUGCACCCGGGGGCGAGGACGGAGGCCGGCGGCUCCGUGCGCUUGGUGGAGCUGCUGAAGACUUCGACGCACAGCAAAGGUUCGGAGGUCGGCCGGCGUCGACCCAAGAGGUCGGUGUUUCUACACUCGGGCGUGAGAAUCUGUCCACAAGAGACCAUCGAUGAGGCGCUGGCCAGCCACCAGGCGUACUACCAGCUCCGAGUGUGUCAGGAGGCCGUGUGGGAGGCGUUCAGGAUCUUCUUCGACAGGAUCCCCGGCACGUCAGAGUAUCAGCGAUGGGUUCACACGUGUCAGCAGGAGUCGCUCUGCAUCUCCGACCUCGCCAAGAACUUCAGCAGCACCGAGGAGCACAUAAGCAUGGUCCGCAUGAGGAUGAGUCGGCUGAGAGACAGGAGGCCGCCAUCACGCAGAGGAUCAGCGACUCCUGCACAGAAGCUCCCUGAGAUCCAAGGUGCAGAGGUUCAGACGCUCGCCUCGUCAGCACCGCUGGUCGUCACCAGCACCAUCGUCCCGCUCAGCCCUGUGAGCGCCUCGCCCAGCCCCGGCCUGGAUCACACCCCGCCCGAGGAGGAGGUGCAGGAGGUGGAGGAGGAGGACCCAGAGCUUCCUAACGUGGUCCCAGAGAGUCCGGUGGAGCAGAUGGUGGAGUUCAGCAUCGACCUGGUGGACCCGGGGUACAGAGAACUGCUGGACGACCCAGACUCACCUCAGUACAUCGACCUGGCUCAUCACCUGCAGGACCAGAUGCAGCAUGUUUUUGACAAACUUCCAGGAUUCAAAGGAAUCCACGUGCUGGGGAUCAGCGAGACCCAGGACACUGACGGGCCUGGAGGAAUCUCCGUGCACUACUCUCUCCUCUUUGAGGUCAAUUCUCUUAAAAUCAACUCGGAGAAUUCAGAGACGGCGUCCGGCGAACCGGAGUCCGCCGCCGCCUCCGGCCUCAGGGAGCUGGUGACCAGGGCGUUACGGGAGGAGGCGUCGCUGCCGAUCGACCUGGACUCGCUCAACUUCCAACCAGAGGUGAUUCACCUUCCAGCUCUGACCUCCACCUCCUCAGUAGAAGUAGUGGACGAGUCCAGCGAGCCGGACUCACACAACGAGUUUGAGGUCCUCACCGACGAGCCGGAGGUGGAUAAACCUCGUCUGGUGGUUCCUCUCACUCCCAUGGAGAAGGAGAACGCCCUCGUGACCCUGCUGGACCCCACGGCUGUUCCAGAGAGCAGCCAUCCUCCCCCCGCCUCAGAGGAAGUUACCCAUGAGCCUGAGGAGAUUAAUGUGAGUGAGCCUGAGCCAUCGAGUGAAGACGGGAAGGAAGAAGAAUUGCUGAUCAUUACACAUGAGAUUGAAACCAUUCAUCACGAUGAAACCGGCGAACUGGUGAGAGACUUCAUCGCGACCCCGACGGACGCUGCAUAUAUCCGCCUGUCUCCCAACCUGAUAUCAGAGGAAGACCUGAUUCCUGUGGACAGCGACGAUCCUCAGUUUACCCCGACUACACAGUUUCUACUGACCACAGCUCCGGGUGGAGAGGAGCCGUCUGACCCGGGUCUGCCUGUCACGACACUCUCAGCCAUCACAGGCCAGACGCCCACUGAGAGCACAGGGAAUCUCCAGGAGGUCGAAGAAGAAAACAAUCUUCCAGAUGAGGAGGAGGUUGACCUGAGUGUCCAUGAAACUGAGGAAGAACCAGAGGAAGCAUUAGGAGGCGAAAUUUACGAGGUUUUGCAGCCGAAUCCUGAAGAAGCUGAGGUCUCCGAACCAGACGGAGAGAAAUUAGAAGUUUUAGAAACAAACGUAGAAGUUUCUGAGGCAGAGGGAGAGUCUGUGGUGGAAACUCAAGAGGAGCCAGAAGAACCUGAGGUUCCAGGGAUGGAGGAAGAGGAACUCGAAACAGGAGUUGAAGUUUUACAAACAAAUGAGGACGUAGCCGAAGUUGCAGAAGUUGAGGUGUCCACUACCGAGGAAGAACAUCCAGAACCAGUCGAAAAUCCAGGAGGGGAUGUAGAUGAAACAAUUUCAGAACCAGAAGAGGUUCAAGUUCUCGAGGAAACCGUACCUGAGGUUCCUGAGGAAACAGAAACAGAAGUUCCAGAGGAAACAGUACCUGAAGUUCCUGAGGAAAUAGUACCUGAGGUUCCUGAGGAAACAGUACUAGAAGUUCCUGAGGAAAUAGAAACAGAAGUUCCAGAGGAAACAGUACCUGAAGUUCCUGAGGAAAUAGAACCUGAGGUUCCUGAGGAAACAGUACUAGAAGUUCCUGAGGAAAUAGAACCUGAAGUUCCAGAGGAAACAGUACCUGAAGUUCCUGAGGAAAUAGAACCUGAGGUUCCUGAGGAAACAGUACUAGAAGUUCCUGAGGAAAUAGAACCUGAAGUUCCUGAGGAAACAGUAAUAGAAGUUCCUGAGGAAAUAGAACCUGAGGUUCCUGAGGAAACAGUACUAGAAGUUCCUGAGGAAACACUACCUGAAGUUUUUGAGGAAACUGUACCUGAGGUUCCUGAAGAUAUUCCUGAGGAAACUGUACUAGAAGUCCCAGAGGAAACUGUACCUGACGUUCCAGAGGAAAUUGUACCUGAGGUUCCUGAGGAAAUUGUACCUGAGGUUCCUGAGGAAAUUGUACCUGAGGUUCCUGAGGAAAUUGUACAUGAAGUUCCUGAGGAAAUUGUACUAGAGGUUCCUGAGGAAACACUACCUGAAGUUAUUGAGGAAACUGUACCUGAGGUUCCUGAAGAUAUUGUACAUGAAGUUCCAGAGGAAACUGUACCUGAAGUUCCAGAGGAAAUUGUACAUGAAGUUCCUGAGGAAAUUGUACAUGAAGUUCCAGAGGAAACUGUACCUGAAGUUCCUGAGGAAAUUGUACCUGAAGUUCCAGAGGAAAUUGUACAUGAAGUUCCUGAGGAAAUUGUACAUGAAGUUCCAGAGGAAACUGUACCUGAAGUUCCUGAGGAAACAGCUUCAGAGCCACAACUUCCUGAAGAGGUUGUAGAAGAGGCCGAAUCAGAGGACGGCACGGUCGAUAUUUUACCGCCAGUUGAAGACCUUCCUGUGGAUUCAGAUUCAGAAUCAAAGGACUUGGUAGAAGAAGUCCCAGAAGCAGAAGAGGAGGCUGUUGACGUCCAGGAACCGAAUCCAGAGGAGGAAACAGUUGAGAUGUUAGAACCACAGCUUAAAGAAGCCGUUACUGAGCCACCAGCAGAAUCCAUUAAAAUCCUUUACCCACUGGACUCUAUGGAAGACCUUCACUUUGGAGAGGACAGUUUUGAGGUUGUGGAAGAUAACGAGUUCCUUCAACCUGUGGGACCCGACUACCACCACCCGCUAGAGGAAGAUAAUUUACCCGUCGUCAUCCAUCCUUCGGUGGAAGAGGUCGGAGAACCUGAUCACGAGAAUCCCAUCGUGGAUCCUUUCUAUGUUGAGGAGGAAGUGGACCUCUCAGACUCGAGGGUGGAGAGCGACCUCGUCCCCGCUGAAGAUGAUGCAGAGUCUGAAUCGACCUCAGUUGAUGCAGAGGUGGCAGCUCCGGAGUCGCAGGAGACACAAGAGACUGAUUCCUCCAGUGCGACGGCGGCACCGGUUUCAGACGCCGUCCCGACACCUCCGGUGAGUCCCGUGGACGUGUCUGAAGCGUCGUCCCCCGGCCCGACUGUGGACUCGGGACUCUUUGAGGUACCAGUGAUCCCCUCCGCUCCCGUGUCCUCAGAGGACGACAUCACAGCGCCGGAGCAGAAACAACCGGCCGUCGUCAUCAUCGGCGAAGACUUGGAGGAGACGGUGCAGACAGGAAGUGAGAGCACCACCAGCUCACCGCGUGCUGCUGAAGACGCCAUUGACGAGGCCGUGCAGGACUUGGCCGUGGAGCUGGACCAAACAGAUGUGGCAACCACGGAGGCCAGCGAGCUGCCGGAUGAGGGGAGUGGCUUCACAUGGGCGGGCGAGGAGCACGCCACCGUGGGGGCCACGGCACAGACUCCAGUGAGAUACCUGACCACGCCCUCCAUGACCACGGCCAGCAACGGGCGGGAGCUGGUGGUGUUCUUCAGCCUACGGGUCACCAACAUGGACUUCUCCGAGGACCUCUUCAACAAGACGUCGUCUGAGUACAGAUCCCUGGAGAACACCUUUUUAGACGUGCUGAUGCCGUUCCUGCAGGCCAACCUGACGGGCUUCAGGAACCUGGAGGUUCUGAACUUCAGGAAAGGCAGCGUGGUCAUCAACAGCAAGAUGAAGUUCGCCAAGUCGGUGCCGUACAACAUCACCGAGGCCGUCCACUGCGUCCUGGAGGAGUUCUGCUCGGCCGCCGCCAAGAACCUGCACAUCCAGAUCGACACCCACUCCCUGGACAUCGAACCAGCUGAUCAGGCGGAUCCCUGUAAGUUUCUGGCCUGUGACGGGUUCUCUCGCUGUGAAGUGAGCGGCCGGACGAAGGAGGCCCGGUGCGUGUGCGAGCCCGGCUUCCUGUCAGUGGACGAGCUGCCAUGUCAGAGCGUCUGCGUCCUCCAGCCUGAUUACUGCAGAGGACGGGGGGCGUGUCACAUCCUCCCUGGACACGGCGCCGUGUGCAGAUACGACGACAGGUACUCCCUCGCAGGCCGGGCCAGUUAAGAGAACCUACGGCCCUGGACGGCACCUGAGAACACGACUGAAGACGAAUCAGGUGGAAACUCGUCAAAGCCUCGAAGACGACGAAGAGUUUUCAGAAUAAAAGUCACGAGAGCUUCCAAUCAGAGACGAUUUUCCUUCCGGGGAAACAGACACUCAAAAAACAAACUGUGUUCCAGCUGUCGACUGAAGAGAAGCUCGGACGUCUGCUGCAGCGAUGGAUCUCCCGUCUUGGUUUACUGAAGCUGUAGACAAACGCUUUAUCUUCUUAAAGAUUCUCAGGGUCUGUUUUUGUUGUUUAGGUCUGUCGAGACUUUUCUUUUCUGAAUUUUCCAAUAAUCAAGAUAAUCGAUACGAAUGUUUUUCAACUCGUCGCAGGAGGAUGAAUCGGUUGAUGAGCUUCAUCACGUAGAUCAGCGGUUCACAAACCUUCUGGCUCGUUACCACUGAAAGGUGCUUUACGUAACUUUUCUCUUCUGCGUAGUUAAAGAAGGUUCCGUUUUCAUUUCUGUUUGUUUGUUACCAGGAUUACGCAGAAACUACCAAACUGAUUUUCUUAAAAUUCGGUGGAAUGAUGGAGUAUCAGCCGAGGAAGGUCUGAUUCAAUUUGGGGGAGGAUUCGAUUGGGGCUCUGGUUUGGUUCGUUAGCAAUGUAGCAUUAGCGAAACCUUUAAUCUUAGCGAUAUUGACAUGUGACAAUGUCAAGGUAAAAGUUUUAUCAACGAAAAAAAGCUGAAAUUUAUUAUUUUAACCAAAAUGUUGGGAGCCAGUGGAACGUUGCUUUUUUAAGUUCAGGUAUUUGGUCAUUAACUAAAAUACUUUAUACAUUUUAACCUGACGGUGGCGCUAGAGGCAAAGUCAAAGGAGGAUUCAUCCACAAAUGUUUGAACUAUAUUGACGUUAUUUGUUCGUAAACAUCUUAAACUUUGUAAAUAGUUUUAAAGCUUUCAACCGCAUCACAUGGUUUUCAUCAGCGGCUUUAAGUGGCGUCGUGGAGAAGCCACGACAGAAAUCAUCAACCCUUUAACCGCCGAUGAAAACUGUCACAUGGUCGAAAGCUCAGGAGGAAAUCUGUCACUUUUUCAUAUUCUGUCUCAUGACUCAUUUCUGAAGCUGCACUGUAAAAAAAAAAAAAAGAAGACUUUGCGAGUUGUUAGAUCUCCGACGUCCUGUCUUUCUGUACAGAUCAUGUAAAUAUCACGUGUGUCUGGACUCGUCUCGUUGCUGUAAAUGUUCGCUUACGUGUUGUUUUACAAAUAAUAGUUAAAAAUACAAACUGCUAAAUAAGAGACUUUCUCCUCAUUGAUCAUUGAUCCGAUUCUCGGUUUCCAUCUCGUGGUUCACGGAGUCAAAGACGGAGCCGAGGUGAGUGAAACAUGUUUUAUUCAUCAGUUAGAGAUCAGUGUUAGAAAAGAGACAGUGGACGAAGGCAGCGCUUCCCGAGGAAUGAUUGUAAAGUGAGGAGAGAAACAGAUCGCAGGACAUUUCCCUUUACGCCUCAGGAGGUCGUCACUCUGACGCUCGACAUCAACACGCAGAGUUUCAAUAAACAGAUAAAACAUUUGAUUUGUUACAAACUAAAUUAUGUCUGUUUUUGGGGACAGAAUCAAAAUGAGGCCUGGACCAAAAACAACGUUUGAUUUCAAGAAUUAAUUCGAAUAAAACUGUUCAAUUUAAACUUGUACUGAUCAGAUUUUAUAUUAACGAACCUUCAGUUCUGUUCCACCAAUCAGCCACAGACUCUAAUACCGACAGCCCUGGAUCGCCCCCUGGUGGCUGCAGGUCACAAGCAGAGGUUAAAUAAAUGUUUGUCAAAGAUG